UGGCCUUCCCUAAAGAGCAUUAGGCGUUCAGGGAGCCGAUGAACUGGUACCGUAUAAAAUAAAGAGUGCGGAAGGUGGGGAUCUUGUUUCUCUAGUUUUCUUCUCUCUUUGCUUCUGUAAAUUCCUAUUUCUCGGAAUCCCUGUCCUUCCUUUUAUCGCAAACCCAUCACUCGUUUCAAUCAUCCAACCAUGACCAAUAACAACCAAUGUGCAGGAUGGCUUUCUAAACUCACAUCGAACCCUACUGGUGGUUCUCGGUGGCAGUUACGCUACUGCAUCCUUUCAAAUACCGAAUUCCAAUGUUAUGAAAACGAACAUGCCGAGGCGCCUUUGUGUACCCUAUAUUUGCGGGAUAUUUGUGAAGUGCUUGUGGUUCCUACUUCUACCCGGUCAUUUUAUUUCCGUUUCGAGCCUUUAUACCAACUUCAGGUGAACCAAUCACAACAAUGGGCGAUACAAUGCCACUCGGAGGUCGAGAUGAGAGAGUGGGUGAGCGCUAUCCGAUUCCGUGUUCAACAGCUUCGAACGAGCAAAAACAGUUCCAUGCCCUUGUUACAUCGUCGCGGAAAACUGUUGGAACCUAUUAGCACCCAGCCCAUGGACCGAGCUCUUUCUUCCAGCGCAUCAACAGCAGUUUCAUCUUCUAGCUCGAUCCUGCGAUCGCCAAUGGACGUAAACCAGCCCACGGGUUAUAGUCUGGGCAAAUCAUCCGACAACGAGGACGACAGACUAUGGUCACCUACCUUUUUGAUGUACAAAGAACGCUUUCGAUUAUAAUACGUAACAUGUAUGCGUGCUUCCCUUCAAAAGCGUCAUCUUCUAUUGUACAAACUGUUGUCCGUAUCUGCACCAUAUCAGACAUAAUCU